AUGCAGGUUAAAACUCCGGCUGAAGCUACAGGUCCACAGUGCCAGGGAAAUGGCUUUAUACAAGAGAACCAACAUCAUCAUCCAUACGUUGGUCAACAGGCCUAUGGCCAGCCAGCUGGAGCCAACAACAACCCCGGCCAUAUGAAUGGAAAUGUUUUGGUCCAUCCAUUCAACAAGAUGAGUUUAAAUCCGCCAAAUGGCGCCAAACCGUUUCCUGUUAAAGGAGGAAUGCCAAUGCAUCCCGGCCCAAAUGUUGAUAUGUCCGGUAUCCAACACUACCCCCAUGGGCAGUAUAUGAUGUUUCCAAACGGGCCUAUGUUUGGUGGUGUCCCUCCAGUACCGCAAUUUGGGCAGUUCCCACUGCGUGCUACUGAUCAAGGUAGCUCCCUCCACUGUAUUCCUCCCAAUUUUUACCCUGGCUUUCCCGCAAAUCCUCCAUUCCCUCCGGACUGUAUUUCCGGGUACCCCUGGCCAUAUUAUCCAAAUGGAGACUUCCCGAACCAUGGCAAUAUUCCGCUUGAUCCACGAGCUUCAGUUGACGAAAUGAAUACAGGCAGUCCAAUUAUGGAUCUAUCUGGGCCACAGGAGUAUUACCCUGGUGUUGCUCCAGUUGAUCGCUCUUCCGCUCCAGGUUACAUGUAUAAUACACCCGCACCUCAACAAUUCCUUCCGUUUCAGAUGAUGAAGGGUGCCUCUGGCUAUGUCCUCCAGGACCUUGAUGCACUGGUUAAAGAGGAUCCUCCUAUUCCACGUGCAGUGCCCGCAAUGUGGACGAACCCUUCAGAUUUGACUCUGGCAAAAUGCCUCGAGAACCGUGAAGGAAUCACUAACGUCUACAUUCGCGGAUUCCUUCCGGAAACUACAGACGAAAUGCUGCAUAACUACGCAUCACGGUUCGGAAAAAUCGAUAGAUGCAAAGCCAUUAUCGACUUGGAGACCGGAUCAUGCAAAGGGUUUGGUUUCGUGCAGUUUUUUAGCUUUGAUGCAUGUGAGAACUGUAUUCGAGGUUUCUUCCACCUUGGCUACCAGGCUAGCUUUGCACAGGACCUCCGCCGUCACUUUGAGCCCUUCCAAGUCGUAUCUGAGAAAAUCAGCCGUGAUGAAAAGACUGGGGUUAGCAAGGAAGUUGGCUUUGCUAGGUUCGAGACUCGUGAAAUUGCAGAAAAAGUUGUCCAGCAAUUCCAUAAUAUUGUAGGAAAGGAUGGUGUGAAACUACUGCUGCGUUUUGCAGAUACCAAAGCCCAGAAACAGCUCAAGCAUCAAAGCAACGAACGUCGUGCUUACCGUGCUGGUGAAUAUAAUUAUUCUGUUGAAUUGGUUAACAGCGCUACCCCGUCACCAAGCCUGCACCGUCUGCAGCAAGCGGCUUCUCAUUUUAGUCCAGUCUCUCAAAACAGCUACCCUUCACCAUUAGGUGGCUUGGGACAAGUUUGGACCCCAGCAACAUCUAUCUCUCCACCUUUCAUGCAGACUAAUGCAACUAGAAGCGGUCCUAUGAUGAACAAAUCUAUGAAUGGGUUCCGAGCCGGCUCCUGGGCCUCUCGGCGGGCUCCUUCUAACUCUGAUACCACCCCAAGUGCUCGCGGGCGGUUCGCACCUCCUAAUAGGAGCCCCCUAGCUGAUGAUCUCUCGAACUCUUCUUCGACUACGGUCCUACCAAUGCCACGCAUGACAGGAAGUAAAUCCGAGAACUCGAGCCCCAUGAAACCAAGAGGCAUGAAAUCAAGCACAAUGUCUCCAAUCCCAUCGAGAAAGGAAAUCAUCGUUUCAACUCCACGCUCAUCCUGCUGA